AUGACCCCUUACUUCCCUAAUGGUUCUGCCGUUUCUAGUGCUGUUUAUUGUAAGGCCCUCAAAACUCUUGGUCUAUGUCAUGCGACUGGUAAAGGACUUUCGGUGUUUUCUAGAACCGUCGCUAAAAACACUUUUCUAUGCACUUGUGCGUCUUAUUUUGGAGUAUCAAACAAUCGAUUAUUCAACUUGCAAAACGACUGGUUAUUGUUUAACCAAAAAUCUAUUUCAAAUACAAGUGAUACCUUGACAAUUGCUUCGGUUGUUUUUGAGACAUACUUGGGUAAAUCCUACGUUUUACCGGAUUCUGGUGUGUUCUUGUUUCAAAAAAUCGGAAAUAAUGUUUGGGAGAUUUGGAGUGGUUUCCGAGCAAGUAAAUUGGAUACCAUUCGAGUUUACAAAACCGGUUUGGCAUCAAAAUAUCAUAUAGAAAUAAACGAUUCGACUGAAAUAAGGAUGGAUUUUCGGGGAGCUACAUUAAAAGCGACUACUGUGAUUUUUAAUCCAUCGGAAUUUAUCGGUUUCAAUCAGACAAUAACAUCAGGCUUGGAUGUAUACACUUACAUGCAUUAUCCAAUGAUUCAAAUUUUAGGUUACCAACUGAACUUCAAUUAUACCAUUAGUAUAACUGAUGAUCACGGAUGGUCUAACGGCAAUGGUUCUUUCUCCGGUUUAAUUGGUAUUUUGCAAAGAGAAGAAAGUGAUUUUGGCGCUGCUGGUUCGCUAAUGAGACUUGAUAGAAUGACAGCAGUUGAUUUUACAGUUGGGACCGUCUCUUUAGAGAGCAAUAUAUUAUUCAAACAACCGAUGUUAUCCAGUAUCACCAAUAUUCAUAUUAAACCAUUUAAGUAUGAAGUAUGGCAAAUUACCUUAUAUAUGCUUAUUGGAUUCGUCUUGAUUCUUCUAUUUUUAAAUAAAUUCAAAGCAAAUCGUAGUCCAUCGAUAACUGUGUUGGACAUUAUCGGAUUAGUUCACGGUGCUAUUUGUCAACAAGGUUAUACAAUUGUCUUAAUUUUGAAUUCAAUAAAAAUUGUAGUUUUUGUAUUAUUUCUAACCACCUUCUUCCUAUUCAAUGCGUACUCAGCUUCAAUUGUGAGUCUAUUUCAAUCAACGAGCUCUUCAAUAAAUAACGUAAAAGAUUUUCUUCACGAAAAAUCAAUGACAAUGAGUAUACAGAUUGCCUCAUAUGCAAAACCUUAUUUUAACGAAACGACAAAUGAAAUAUUGAGAAAACUUUAUGAUAUGAAAAUAAAACCAUAUGAUGAAAACAACUCGUUCACAGAUGCACAAAAGGGAAUUGAAAGGAUUCGCACCGAAUUCCACGGAUUUAUGGUUGAAAAAACGUCAGCUUAUCAAAUCAUCAAUAAAAAGUGGAGAGAAGAAGAGAAAUGUGGAUUAUAUGAAAUUCAGCUGUUCAAACUACCUGUUUUAGCCAUACCAGUGGUUAAGAAAUCUGGUCACAAAGAUGUAUUCAAACAAAAGUAUGUUUUUGUUUAUGUGCUAAGAUAAUAAAAAUAAAAAUAAAAUUAUUUGUGUUGCUUUUAUAAUAUACAAAGGUUAA